AUGAAGGCUCAUAGCGAAGGCUACCACCACCACAUUUCUGUGACACUGUACGAACACGAAGUGGAAGAAGCGCGCAGACAAUCCUUGUCGGAUCAAAGAUCGAUGAUGGGGCGACAGGAAACGGAGCGCAACGCGCUCAUCGUCGACACGGUCAACCAACAACCACCACCGCCACAUCCUGGGACAAGACGGCGAAGCAGCCCGGAAUUGCUCCCUGGAAAGUUGCCAAAUUGCAGAUGUGACACCUGUUGA